AUUGGUGAUGAGCUGGGAGUUUUUUUUUUCUUUCCUGUUGCAUUGGCAGCUGUGCAGAACUAGUCCCGCUGCUCUCACUCAGCUUUCUCUCUCUCUGUCUGAUCCGACCCCACAGCAAUCCUCUCCGGCUGCUCGGGGAACAUAUUCAAGGUCUCCAGUUAUCUUCUGAUGAAGACCAUGAAGAAGCCCUUACACUAAAAGAUAAGAAAUGUGGACAUGUUAAAGACUCGGAUGUAGUUAGAGGAGUUAAAUCUCUUGACUGAAUCUGCACCAUGAACUCCACAACGGAUUUAGAAGAUGCGGAGCUGCGUCAUGUCAUGCAGGUGCUGGUCACUGUGAUCUUCAGCUUUAUUUUCCUACUGGGAAUGAUGGGCAAUGGGACCGUCAUUUGGAUCACAAGUUGCCGCCUUCGAAGGACAAUCAACACAGUUUGGUUUUUCAACCUGGCACUGGCUGAUUUUAUUUCCACUUUCCUGGUUCUGGUCACCGUCCUUUAUUUGCUACUGGACUUGCACUGGCCAUUUGGCCCCAUUCUUUGCAAGUUAGUCAACUGCAUCUUUGGACUCAGUAUCUAUGCCAGCAUUCUCCUGCUUACUGCCAUCAGUAUUGACCGCUGUGUGUUUGUCCUCUUCCCAGUGUGGUGCCAAAAUUACCGCAAUCCAAGGUUGGCAGCCACUACAUGCUUGGUCAUUUGGGUUCUUUCUGUGGCUCUAGUUCCUGGCUCCUACACCUUAUCAGAGAUGUCCACAGAGAAGAACCGAAGUUCUUGCAAAAACCUUGAUGUUUUUGAAGACUGGGAAAAAAGGGAGGCUGGUAUCUUCACCGUUUGCAUCUUCCUCUACCAAUUUUUGGUCCCCUUGAGCAUAAUACUUAUUUCGUAUACAAUCCUCCUACUUACUCUUCACAAGAAGAAACUUAACAGGUCUAGCAAACCUUUGCUUGUUGUUACAGGGGUGGUUUUCUCAUUUUUUUUAUGUUGGCUUCCAUAUCACGCUUUGGCAAUGGGUCGUGUUUUCCUAGGGGGGCUUCCGCUUUGGGUCAGUCUGGUUGGUGUGCCGCUGUCCAAGUGCUUGGCAAUGUUUAACAGCUGCAUUAACCCAAUACUCUAUGUUUUUGUUGGUCGAGAGUUUAAAGAUGAAGUUAAGCGAUCACUAACACAAGUUUUUAAAUCUGCUUUUGAGGAACUGCCCCAAUAAAGCAUCAAGUUUCAACUGCAAAUUGUUGUGGCCAUUUUAAAAAUUAAAUAGCCAAAGAGGACUACGUUUAAGGUAAAGGUUUAGUGGAACAUACAAUAUACUUGAGCCUCUCUAUGAAUAGUUACAAACGAAUGAGGCAUUGCGGAUGAUGGCAUUGGA